GCAGGAACCAUCUGCUGAACGGAGCUUCUGUAUCUCACAUAGUGCGAUAUGUGUAAAUGCCUGCCUUUCCUGCUAAAUUAAGUGAACUUGUCUAAUUUUUGUCAAACAGCAAAGUUAAUCUCUGCAGUCAUUCAACAGUCAUCAGCUAGCCUUCAGAAGCAUUUGAAUCUAAAAUUCAUCAUCAUUACUGAUUAAUCAGGUAGAAAUAGAGAAUGCAACUUGCUCCACUGUGGUCAGAGAAUGAUCGUGUUGGGGAGAUCAGGGAUUCCAUGCUCACCAAUCCUCUUCUAAUAAAGUCCGAACUUGGCAAGGGAAAGCGAAGUGGUAAUGCCCUACCAGGACCUUCUCAUGUGUAUGGGACAAUUGAGAGAGUCUAUGAUGGUGGAGUUCCUGCAGCUAUUGGUCACUGGCAUACAAUGAAACCCAGAAAACAGGAAACUCUGCAUAAACUCAGACGUGACUUUGCAGCAUUAAAUAAAGCAGCCAUUAAAGCUGGAUUGAUUACUCCACGAGAGAUCUACCAGUUUAGGGCAACGCACGACAUUGGAGUUCUGGGAAAAAAGGUAGAAAAAAAAGAAGGCAUGCUCCCUGAAAUAACUUUUGGAAUGCCCGUAAGGCCCUCAACCCCCAUGUUUGACCUACUGGAGAAUAAAUUCCAGAAGGAAUGGAUGGACGAGCAAAAAGCAAGAGACCGGAUCAGGCAGAAGAAAAAGACCCAUCAGGUCACCCUUGUAAAGAAUUAUCAAACCCGUGCAGCAGUGCUGAGUAAAGCUGUACCGAAAGUGGACCCUGCACCAAUAGUACAUCCAAAACGCUACCAAAAGAUAGGACCUCACCUCGAUACCUUCCGGAGCAUGAAAGCUCGCCGUGCAGCUCUUGAAGCUAACUGGUUGGAUUCUGCUGCAAGGAGUGGCCCCCAUGGACAUGGUGUCUAUGCCUUUGAAUAAAUCACAACCUAAAUUGAUAGUUUUCUUUAACUUGCAAAUUAAGUAGAGGGAUUGUAAUUGUGCAUAUUUUCAAAUGCUUGAAAUAUGUAGCAAUUUUAGUACAUAACUGGAAUUAAAUUAAUCUUUUAGCUGUCUAGAUUGCAUCUGUUGUGUUUCAAGAUCCAACACUAGAUUCAGGAAGAAACUCAGUUUAAUAUUCUGUAUGUAGGCAAUCAUCAUUUUCAUCCCUCUGUUUAGAGAAAAUAAAUGAUCAUCUACUGUACAUUAACAUCCAAGACAAUCUGAUGGAAACUACCAGAAAAGGUCUCCGA